AUGUUUUUAUUUUUAUUUUUCAUUUUGUUUACUCUUUCAUUUUUCUUUCAAAUUUUCUUUCUUAAUUUUCUUCUCUUUUUUUCUUUUCUUUCAUUCAUUUUAUUUUUCUUAACUUCAUUCUUUUCUUUUCUUCGUUUUUCUUUCGUUUCCAUUUUAUUUUCUUCUGUAUCCGUCUUUUAUUUUAAAUCAAUUCAUCUUUUUGAUAUUUUUUCUUCUUUCCGUCUUUCUUUCUUUCUAUUAUUUUUUCAUUCUUUCAUUUAUUUCUUAGUUCUUUUUCUUCUUUAUAUUUUCCUUCUUUAUUCUCUCUCUUUUACACAAUCUCAUUCUGUUUCUUUCUUUUCAUUCUUUGGCCGUUUUUCUUUUUUUAUUUAUUUUCUUCCUUCCUUUCUUUCAUUUAUCUUUAUUUUCUUUUCUUUAUUUUUUUCUUUCUUUAUCUUCUUCUUUCUUUAUCUUCUUCUUUCUUUAUUUCCUUCUUUCUUUAUUUUUUUCUUUCUUUAUCUUCUAUUUUUUAUCAUCUUCUUUAUUUUUUUCUUUCUUUAUCUUCUUCUUUCCGUAUUUUCUUAUACCCUUUUAAAUUUUUUACGCUUCUUUCUUCCUUCAUUUCUUCUUCUCUUAUUAAUUGUUUUAUUCUUUCUUCAUGUCUUUCUUUUCAUUUCCAUUUUCUUUAUUAAUCUCUAUAUCUUUCUUUAUUUGUCACGUUUUUCAUUUUUCGUAUUAUCCUUGGCUCCUCAUUUCUUAAUUCUCUAUUUAUUUAUAUUUCCCUGA